AGCCGAGCAGACGCGACCCGAGCAUCCCGGGGACUGACCCGGAGCGGGUGGGCUGGUCAGGCCGCAGAUCGGGGCGUCGGGAGGUGUUGCAUCACCUGGCAGGCGCGGCGUGGACGGGCCGGCUGCGGUGCCCCUGACGUUUCAGGGUCUGAUCUUCGGCCCCACGGGAUCUGCUCCUGGAGCGAUGGAUUCUCCAUCCAGCGUUUCUUCUUACUCCUCUUCCCCUCUUUCGCCGUCAUUUUCCACAUCCCCUGUGAAUAGUGACUUUAGCCUCCCCUCUGAUAACGAGAGGGAGGGCAAGGACGCCCGUGCGCUCAAGCCAGACACUGUCGAGGAGAGAGGAGGUUCCCGGCCCACUCCGGGCCCUAUUCGCUGCAGACAUCGACCCAGGGCUUCUAGUAACCAACGCGCAGCGUCUCAUCUGGAGCAGCGAGGACUUGGAGCCAAAAGAUCGAGAGACGGUGAACUGGAGGACAGUCUAACCAUCCCGGGGUAUACCACAGAGGGAGAUCUCCUCUUUGCUCAAAAGUGUAAAGAACUCCAAGGGUUCAUCCGGCCCCUCACAGACCUAUUGAACGGACUGAAAAUGGGUCGCUUUGACAGAGGAUUAAGUAGCUUCCAACAGAGUGUGGCCAUGGACCGGAUCCAGCGGAUAGUGGGUGUUUUACAGAAGCCUCAGAUGGGAGAGCGUUAUCUAGGAACCUUGCUGCAAGUAGAAGGGAUGUUAAAGACUUGGUUUCCUCAUAUAGCUGCCCAGAAGUCCUCCGUAGGAGGCAGCAGGCAUCGGACAAGCAAGCACUUUCCAAGCCAGCACAGUGAUUCAGCUGCUUCCUCUCCUGCACCUCUCUUGGGGAAGACGGGCCAAGCACAGUUGGGACAUUUAGUUUUGAAACCAAAGCAGCCUUGGCCUGUCACAGAAUGGCCGGUCAUGAACCUCACCUGGAUUCAUAGCACUCCAAUUUGUAACCCUCCCCUCAGUUCCCAAGGCUCCACCUCUAGCCACAGUCCUGGAGGCACUGGAGCCAGCAUUGGUGUCAUCCUUGUCCUCCAGAAAGGAGGAAAACCCUUCACCCGAACUGCCCCAAGCACUCCAAUCCCACAGCCUCCUGUCAUCCCUGGUGAUCUGAAGAAGCUGUCUGGAGAGGGGCCUCACUGCCACAGUUGGCCAGUAACGCUGCCAUCAGACUGGAGUUGCUCCCUCCGUUCCUCUGGUCUACCUACCACAGACAGAAAGAUGACUGAAGGACACCCAGAGCCACAGAUGAUCAGCCUUUCUCCAGCUGCUCCUGAUCCUUAGCUCUUAACCCAGGCUUUGCAACUGUCCCAAGUCCCAGUUUGUAUAAAUAUGUUUAUGUUUUCUGUUUUGUUUUUUUUUUACUUUUAAUGUAUUUGUGGUGAGGAAAAGUAAACCCUUUCUGAUUAAAGACAUUUUUUUACCUAAA